GUGAAAAAAACAACAAUAGGUCUAAUUAGCAAAAAAGCAACUUUGCACGUGUAGCACACUUUUUUGUACAUUUGUUUGCCGUUGUUUUGCACGACCACAACGUGAAACUUCCAGAAACUCUUUUAUGGAGCUGGAAAUGUCGUACGUGUUUUCAUUCACUUUUUUUUCACUGCCACUCAUUUCCUCCUUGCAUUGGUGGCCGCUAGCAUUUCUCAUUUUGUCACUGCCGCUACAAAAUUUUCAUGUUGUUCUUCCAACAAAAAAAUGUCUCCUUUGCUUUUUAUCUCUCGCUCUAGAAUUCUGUUGCCCUUUUUCUCCUUGAGUUUCGCUGGCCUGCCUCUUUUUCUCCGUCUUUCUCUUACUCUAUAUUCCAAAAUUGUGGACAUGACAAUUAAUCUAAGCUUACUACUUUAGAAAACACGGAUACAGAAACAAUUUUCGCUUUCCGGUUUCGUCUUUAUUGACUCUGCUUUAUAAAGCGCAGGUGGCUAUGCGAUUUCCCGCCAAAAUAACCUUGAGUUGCAUUUGGGUUGCCAUACCUGUUGAUUGAGUUAUUUCACAGUGGUAUGCCUGUGGUGCGGACGGACGGGCGUACGGUCACGUGAUUACCAAAUUUUCUCAGAUGGGUAAAAGUUGAGUUAAAGCUAAAAUUAUUCUACGCUGUAGAUUGAGACAGAUACACACCACAUAAUAAUAAUAUUGAUAGCAUCUGAAACUUCGCUCUAGAUCUGGACCUGACAUUAUCCUUUUUCCAAUAAUCCUUUAUGGUUUUUAAUCAGCAAAUAAGCCAUGUUCUGAAUAGGCCAUUUCUGAGUUUCCCUGGGCCUAUGUUUCAAAACAAGGGUAGGUGCUCAGCUUUUGAUAUGGAAAUCAUUUCAUUCUCAUGCAAAUAAAAGUCAUUUUCACAGCAAAGGUUGUGUACCUAGCCUCAUUAUGCAUGAAAGUUAUGGUUUGUGGAAUUCGGAAGUGGCCUAUUCCAACAACUCUCACUAUCUCUAAGGCCAAGUACAAAAUCUUUCUUAUGAAAGUUUUAUUUGCAUGAGAAUGAAAAAUGAGUUACAUAUCAGAGCAUGACUUUGCAUUAUGCCUACUUUUAAGCAGUGGCCUACAUACGACAACUCAAAAAUGACCUAAUUAGCUAUAAUGUAUAUUAUCAGCAACAGUAAACAUUUGGUUAUUUCCUUUACUGAUGGGUUCGGAUUUAGCCAAAAAGGCAUUUAACAGUUAUUAUUGAAAUCAGCUGUAAAUACAAACACAGUUUCUUAACUGUCUUAAUGUCUCAUGAUGAUUUGAUCAGUCUACAUUGUACAUGUAUUCUCUUGUUUCCUCAGCAAAUGCUUCAGAACAUGCCACCACAAGGAAACAGUUUAACAGACAUCUGUCAGAAUUUGGUCAGAUCCAGGUACAAUGUUGCAUAUGAUAAGGAAAGUAAGGGGAAAAAUAAUUUUCUCAUCUCCUAAAAUGAUUCUAAGACUUUAGGAAGGGUUGGGGUCUGCUUUACUAUCUCUCGGUUUUUUUUGUUCCCACAAAUUAAAAUGUUUCCAAAUUCCAGUUUGACAGUUUCAGCCACAGGUAUGAAUCUUUGGUCUCCACAGCUGACUCACAUCUGUGGCGAUAAACUGUCAUCUUUGAAUUUUAAGAAAUUCAAGAAGAAAUAUUUAUAAUCACACCAGCUUCUUCAAAAGUUAAACAUAAGAGUUUUUUCAACACUUUUGUUAUAAUUUAAGUUUUAAAGUGUUAAAUAAAUUUUAAUUUAAAUUCUUAGGAGAAGUUUGCAAACAUGACACUGAAGCAGUACACUGUAGAAUCCAUGUCUUAUCUUACGACUGGAAUUCUGGAUAGUGGAGAGGAAGAUGCAUCAGUAGAGGCCGCCAUGUGUAAGGUUAGUUAUUGUGGAUCCUUGUACAUUUCUGUUAAACUGCCCACAUACCCCUCCCCUAAGCCAACGUUUUGCCUUAAGUGAAAAGUAAGUGUUAAUGUUAGCUUAGGGGAGGGGUAGGGGAGCAGUUUCCCAGAAAGACGUACUGAUCCGUUAUUGUUAGCAUAGGGAAACUGUGGCACUUAAUUAUUUGUCGAUGUCUUUCUUGACUAUAAUAGCUCACAAACUCUAAGAAAUGUGAUAUUAUGUUUUUGAAAGCUUAAAAUUGAUUUUAUUGUAUCAUCAUGAUGGCGGAUUCCAGUGAUGGUAGACUUGCAUGUACCAUAACUAGGAAUUGUUUAAAUCUAUAUUAAUAAGAAAGUUUAUACAGCAUCAUUUUAUCAAGAUUGAUAGAGUUUAUAUUGAAAAGCACCAACAGGCUGUAUGUUUAAAAGCAGGGAUAAAGCAGGGAUCUCCUCUGAAAAUCUCAGCAGAGCUUGCUGAGGUCUCCUGCUCAUGUAUACAGGACAAUUGUACCACCAAAACGUUAAUAUUUGAUUAAGUUUACAAUGAUUAAUGAAUAAAGGUUAUGAAGAUACAAGUAGAAAUCGGCCUAAGUGACCGUUUAUUAUUAUUAUUAUUAUUAUUAUUUUGCUCAGAAAUUGCUAAUUUUUAGCAUAAAGGCCUUUUUUGUGUCAAUCAAAAAGAUUUGCUGAGAUUUGAACCUUCACUAUGGCCGACUCCACACGUGUAAUAUCCACUGUGAGGGCAAGUGCUGCAUAACAACAGAAAGAAUUGCUCGGUAUAUAGCAGAUUACACAUUCAUAUGUGAGCCAAGUUUUUCUAAGAUAUUCUAGCCUCACCAGUUCUGUUUCUUUGCAGGUUUAUGGAUCAGAAGGGCUGUGGAGCGGAGUUAAUGAUGCCCUGCAGAUAUUAGGAGGUACAGUGUACGUUAUGGGGGUGGGGUAAGGAGUGAACAUUGCCUCCUCUCUCCCUCUCCUCCUUUUUUUUUUUGCUCUCUGAUGUUGCCCUGCAUUCGGCCACUACCAUAAAUGAUCGAUUAUAAGCACUGUGGUGCUUAUUUCGUUUUCCCUGUUAAAGAGGCAGCGCUUAUCCGGGAGCAGUGCUUAUUUCAACUACGGGUAAAACACUGAGGGGAAUAUAGAGUGAAUUAAGUGAGGUGUAUGUGUACUAGGUAUGCGCAAUAUUUUUUAAUAUUUUAAAACAUUAUGUACACCUCAAACAGUCAUAUGAACCUGGUCUCGAGAGUUUCCCUACAUUAGAACUCACAAGUGAUCGGUCUAAUUUCUCGAGCAAUAUGGUUUUGAUAUGCCUCUAUAUCAAGCGCCAAAACACAGCAAAACAAAAGUGGGGCAUUUACUUGUAAAUGCCCAGAUUAGAGCCAUGGUGCUUAAUCGAGAGUGGGGCUUGUUAAAUUAUUCUCGUUGAAGAUGCGGUGCUUAUGCAAGAGAGGUGCUUAUUCAAGUAGCGUGCUUAAUCGAUCAUUUGUGGUAUCCAAAUUCCUGGACAAAGCUAGAAAGUGCAGUUGGCUAAAGUCAAACUUCAAGAAGAUAAAACUGUGAGUGGUAUGCAAAAAGUGUACAUGGUAAAAUAAUACUUUGGAUUCUAAUUCUUUUGAUGAAUAACCCCUGUGUUUGUUGUUACAGGACUAGGGUACAUGAGGGAAUAUCCGUAUGAGAGAGUUCUUAGAGAUUCACGAAUCUUGCUAAUUUUUGAGGUGAGUUAUGAAUGAAAAAUAAAAAUGAAAAGCAGUUUUGUAGUAAAUAGGAAGCUAUCAGUUCACGUGGUUUCUUUAUGCCUUACUGGCUUAAGUUAAUAAUAUCAUCCAUUCAAAUUUCAUUUACAGGGCACCAACGAAAUCUUAAGAAUGUACAUAGCUUUGACUGGAAUGCAGCAUGCUGGGAAGCAAUAUCAGGAAAUGUUAAAGUAAAUACUUGUAUUCUGGGUAGAACGUAUUCCGUAGAGCGCUCAAUUCAUUUAAUUGAAGAGCAUUGACUAUUAAUAAUCACAGGAGUUCAGGCUUCAGGAGUAAUCAUUGAUCGUUUAUUGCGACAGUGCUGUUUCGUAUGGUCCGAAAUUGUAGGACCACACUCAUCAGGCAACUUCAACGAUUGACCGUUAAAAUUAAAAGCUGGCAGUAAAUAUAGGGAUGCGUUAAGAGAUAGUAUCUAGGUAACAGAUGCAUUGUGUCUUAGUUACGUUACUCUAGAGUUCUGAAGUACAUAUCUGUUUCUGUGAAAUGUUAAAGUAUGUAUAUAGCCUUCGUAACUCAAAAGAGAAAGGGUGGGGUGGGAGAAGGAAGGAGACCUUGCAACUACGUCUCUUGAUUAUGAAUAUCUGCAUCGAAAAAGUCGAUGUAAAAUGCUGUUUGGCGGAGAUGACAUUAGUAAUGAUCUUCAGGUGUUUUUCUACGUUUGUUUACAUUCUCGCUCGUUUCCCCUUUGCGCUGAUUGGCAGAAAUCUGACAGCUAAAUUGAUGGGUAGCCACAGAGGAAUUGGAGGUAGAAUUCAAAUUCAAGAGACGUAGUUGCAAGCUCUCCUUCCUUUUCCCGCCCCGCCGCCAGAGCGCCCCGGAGAGCUUGCUCGCAGGCUAGAGUUGCCACAAGCCUCAGUUUCAAAGCGAGGCUAAGUGCAAAGCCGUUUUUACGAAGAUGAGUUUUUAUUCUGAUGCAAAUACAACUCUUUUUCACUAGAAAAGUUUUGCACUUAGCCUCGUUUUGAAAGUGAGAGGUUUUAGAACUCAGAAAUGGCGUGUUUUAAUCCGUUUGAUAGCCUGGUGAAUAGCUGACAGGAUUGGAAUGAGUGGACGUGCUACAACACAGUAUUAAAGUACCGUAAAAUUCCGAAAAUAAGCCCCUCCAAAUAUAAGCCCCCUAAACCGGUAGCGCAAAAAACCCUCCGUGAAAUCGCCCCUCCAAAUAUAAGCCCUCCGGGGGCUUGUAUUUGGAAAAUUGCCCUCAAAUACAAAGUAAAACAAAGCAAAAAUGGUAAAUUUACUUCCAGCUAUAAGGCUAGCCCAAUCGAUUUUGAAACGCAAAUUUCCCUCCGAAUAUAAGCCCCUCCAAAAAUAAGCCCCUCAAAAAGGGCCUUUGAAAAAUAUAAGCCCCGGAGCUUAUUUUCGGAAUUUUACGGUAUUUUACCAAAAUGGAAAUAAUGAGAGACACUGCCUUUGUAAAGAGGAAAACUAAUACUAAGUUUCUGUGUCUAAAGAUAAUGUGUAUUCAUAGUUUAGUGAAAAUACAAGCAUUCCGGAUAGUUAAAACUUCAGUAUACUUGGCCACUUCAUGUACAUCUAAUUGAAUAAUUAGAGCCCCAUUGUGUUAAAGUGAUGUUAAACUAGAAGCUACUAGACGAUUCACAACGACGAUUUUUAGUGCAACCCAAUGUUGCAACAUUAUUGCGACAUUACUUCAAUGGUUGCAACAUUGUUGCAUCAUUGCAACGCUGUGUUGCGCUAAAAAUGGCCGUUACGAAUCGUCCGUGUAACAUCACCUUUACGGCUUUAUACCUAGCAAGUUCACAAGUCACAUGUAAAUAAAGUAGCCUAAAGUGGCCGGGUAUUCCAAACGUAGACAUUCAACGUUUUGAUGUGCAUGUCCCCAAAACUACUGCCAAGUCUUUAAGAGUCUCUAACAAUGCUUGUAGGCUAAUGUCAGAUCAAUAUUAUUUCUUUUCAUAGAUUUUUGAAGAAUCCUUUUUCAAAUUCAGAAUUUAUCGUGGACUUUGCGUCAAAAAGGCUUCUAUACUUCCUGGGGUUAAAAGGAAACUUGCAGGGAAUUGCCAGCGUUGCCCAUCCACUUUUGGCGGUGAGUCCUUUCCUUUCGCUUUUAAUCUCGUCUCAUUUCCUUUUUCGAGUAAUUCCAUUUCGAUGAAGCCUAUUUGAACAUACCUUCUGUCAGUGUCAUGUGAUCGAAACUCGGCACUCUGAUUAGCUUAAAAGCGUACGUGUUUGGUUCAUGAUCAUCACGUGGUUGAAAACUGCCGCUCUGAUUGGAUGUUUUGCUCACUGAAUUGGGACCUCUAAAAACUACCACUAAGCGUAACUUUAAAAGACCAAAGGAGAUGACAUUACAGAGUUGCCGAAAUAAUUUUGAUUUUGGCUUCAACCCUUGCAAACUUCUCUGAAGUUUAAGGACUUAGAUUCAUUGCUGAUAAACUGUCUUUCGUCCUCAUUGUCGUGUAUAUCGGAAUUAAACAACGAUUUUUGUCCCUCUACGGAAAAUUUCCCCUUACUUAUUAGGUUAACAAGUUUUUACGGUACAUUACAACCUUAUAAAGUGACUGUCGUGCCUUAUGGUCAAUCUAACAUCCAUUCAUUUAUGUAACAUUUAUGGCAGGAUAGCGCAAAAAAGCUGGAAGAAAAUGUUGCUGAUUUUGGCAGAAUAUCAGAAACUAUGCUCACCAAAUACGGAAAGGUACUACACUCUGCAAUUUAUCUACAUUACAAAAUAUGUUUUUAUCUUAAAUAUUUUUUGGUAUUAACGGACUUUUUUAGAACGCUUUUUAAAAAGUCAAACUGUUGUAGAGCUGAUCUCCACAACUGAAACAAUCUAGAAAGAGCUCAAAAAGAGAUGUACAUUUUUUUAUAGUCUUUUGAUAUAAUUCACACAACAAUCGUUGUACCAGAGGCAUUAAGUCGGUUUUUUUUCGUGUUCAAGUUACUCUUAUAUGCUAAGCAUGACCAAUGGUUGUCUAAAUGAAAUCGUAGGCUACAAAAAUUUUCAGGCUUCGCUUUGCAAAUGUGUAGACUACGAGCAGUCUCUCUUUUUUCUUGGUCCAUCGAGCAAUACGCGUGAGACACGCAAAUGACCAUAUGCGUGAAUGAAGGAGCCAACCUCCCUCGUUUCUCGCGAUAAGCCGCUCGACGUUCGUGCGCGCUUGCACUCCCGUCACUAAAUCUGAAAAAAAGAGAGACUGCUCGCAGUCUACAAAUGUGUAGUAAAUUUGAAUGCUAAGUUUACAGUAGUGAACGGGCCGGCAUAACGUAUCUAAGAGAAGCCUCUAACAUUCUUUUCUGUGGUGUUCCGCUUUUUUAGAACAUUAUCGAGGAGCAGCUUCUGUUGAAGCGAAUGGCUGAUGCCUGCAUCAACUUGUUUGCCAUGACGGCUGUGAUUUCCAGAGCAACGCGAUCCAUAAACCAAGGUCUAUCAAGUGCCAGUCAUGAGGUGAGUAAUGGGUAGUGUAUUUAAUCCAUUCGCCCCUGAACCGCCCGUAACCGCCCGUGCGGAUACAGGUCCUUUCUCCCGCUUGUGACGUCAUCAGUUUUAACGUUCAAGGACAACUUUGUCUGCUGAAUUGUGCAGGGUGAAGAGAUCGUUCAAACCAUACCAGGAUGAGCACGAUUCAGUCAAGGAGACCGGAGAAAAAGGCAAAAACCAUGUAACAUUGACCCGAAAAUUUCCUUAAAAAUCUUGUUUCACUAUCCACCUGCCUUUCCGUUCAUUUAAUCCUAAGAUCCUAAAAGGUUUCCCGAAGACUUUUUCCCUUUCCGUUCAUUUAAUGCUAAGAUCCUAAAAGGUUUUCCAAAGACUUUUCGCACCAAAACGAAGCCUACCAAUUAAAAAGAAAAAAAUGAGGCAAGAAAAGCGAAAGAAGAGGGGAAGAGAGAAAGCCAAAAAAAAAGAAUUCAAGACUGCUGUGUCACUUUUAAACCCAAAAAAUUUUGCUUUCGGCGCAUGCGCAUUGCCCGAACUUUGCAAGCUGAUAUUUUGCAUUUGGGUCAGAACGCCGUGAAAUGUACGACCUGCAAACAGCUUGUGGUAAGUUUUAUAGCCAGACAAUGACUAGAAAACCGCUCGACUAGCUUCAAAACGCAUUUUUCGGCAAAAUUCCCAGGGGCGAAUGGGUUUAGACUUAUGGCCGUUGUAGAGAGGUGACCGUUAGUGGAGGUGCGACUGUUUACCCAGGAAAGGGUAGGAAUUACCGUAAAAUUCCGAAAAUUAACCCGUCCAAAUAUAAGCCCCCCAAACCGGUAACGCAAAAUCGCCCCUCCAAAUAUAAGCCCCCCCGGGGGCUUGUACUUGGAAAAUUGCCCUCAAAUACAAAGGAAAACAAAACAAAAACGGUAAAUUUAUUCCAAAUACAAAGCUAGCUCAAUCGAUUUUGAAACGCAGAUUUCUCUCCGUAGAUAAGCCCCUCCAAAAAUAAGCCCCUCAAAAAGGGCCUUUGAAAUAUAUCAGCCCCGGAGCUUAUCUGCGGAAUUUUACGGUAUUUUGUGGGGGGUUUGCUAUAUGGAUUUCCCAGCGGAUUUUUAAUUUAUAUGUUUAUUCUUUUCCUUCAAUAGGUUCUCCUUACAAAUACAAUAUGCACUAAUAAGUUUAACAUGAACAAUGCUCUCUUCAAAGAAGUUAAAUCAGGUUAGAAAAUUUUUCGUUUUUUUAUUGAUCGCUUUAUUCUAACAUCACUUGCCGCAGACUUACGCAGACUGGUUAUUAUUUGUACAGUUGCUUCUCUCCCAGUCUUCAUAAUUAUUAGUGGGCUCGUUUCUGGCUCUGCCAACCCUUAAGCUAAGUUCACACUUUACCGGAUAGCUUUUCCUGCCGACACGAAAAGCUAUCCGGUAUAAUAUGAAAACCAAUCCGAUAUAUGACCUUCCAAUUUCAAGAUCGUCGUGGCGCAACUUCGCCUCGUUACAGAGAUGGCGCCGAAAUCACCGUUGUCAGACGGGACUGAACAGAAGCCCCAUCCGGUAGGAGUUUCGUGACGGCGCAACAGAUAUUAGUCUGCUACGCAACCGUUUUUAGUGUCGUCACGCAACGCUCCUCCCAUCACAACACUAAACACGGCUGUGGCUGUAUAACCUGAGAUCAGGCGUUAUUACUUUUUUUUGCUUCUUUGGCUCGAGAGGGAAAAAAAUAACGCCUGGUACAUUCAUUUAACAAGCCGUCAACCACCCCCUAAUUUACAUAAUCUAACGUCUGCAUGACCUGUCAUGUUAUUAGCCAAUAAGCGUUUACCAUACAGGAAUCAAAUUUUGGCGCGAAUAAUGUCUCUUUUGAAAUCAAUUUUAGGGAAAAGAAGAUUUUUAAGUACGUUCAUGUUCAGAUGGCGCGUCGAUUCCUAAAAAAAAUUUAAAUGUGUUGUUUUUGUGAUGAAAUACUGCUAGCAGGAGCUGCCGUACCUUUAUUUAACAGCUACAAAUAAUAAAAAAUUUACUGGUUAAAGCUCGUUGACUUCGUUCUGUGCCGAAAGCAGUGAAAAAAGAAAAUUACGCUGAAGCACCUUAUUUCACGAACUGAAAAGUGUUGUGAAAGCGAAGAUCGCUCAGAAUAAUUCCCAGAUUUCUGAAGGAGGAAUUACAGUCAAACCAGGUCAAGAUUCCAUUCAUGAAUUGAUUAUUUGAAAAGUGAACCCGUUUGUCGCUUCUGUAACUUGUAGCCGGUAUCAAAUUGCAUUCAAAUGAUCGGUGAAGUUUUGACUGCAACUUUUUAGUAUACGAUGGAAUGGAAGAUAUUUCAAUGGAUGAAACUUCUAUUUAGGCAUUCUUCAAAUUCAAGAAAACUGAGCCGGCAGAAAUAGACCAUUUUACAGUUGUGAGCUUAGUAUCCUAGCCUUUGAGUAGACGUGAGGCUGAGAUUGACCAUGUUUUGAUACAAACCUCUACCUUUUCUUAUGGAAAUUAUUCUAAAAAAUUCGUAUUUAGCAUAAGAAAAACCUGAUUUACAUAAUAAAGCAAGAAGGUUUGUAUCAAAACAAGGUCAACUCCAGCCUCGUUUUCACUUGAAACUGUAAAAUGGGCUAUUUCAUAACGAACUCGCGUGUGUAUUCACUGCUCAUUACGCAAGCAAAAAUGCAGACUGAAAUCAACAACAACUAACGGAUGGCGAGAUUUUGGCCAAUCGGAACAGCGCAAAUCAUCCGUAUUGUUUCCUAUCCAAUCAGAAAAAAGUCCAGAUUCUGGCUUUUUUUCAUGUGAUCCCGUGAGAGACAUAAAGGGAUAAUAGGGAGAGGGCAUGAUCUCAGGUUAGUGGCUGUGUAGCAGACUAAACAGAUAUUGGGUAUAGUGUGAACAUAGCCUUAGUCUCACACAUUGGUGAGGGGCGUUGCGUGACGAGACAAAAACAGCUGCGUUGACGAGAUCAACACAACACUUAGGGUGUUUUCCAUUUGUCUGACCGGCCGGACAAGUCAGUUAGCAACUCAAAUCGACUUUUUUCAAAAGGUUUUGCUGAAAAACCAUCUCCUUCAUGCAUAAUUUUUAGGAUUUUACUGAUCUGGCUAGAUAGUUUUGAUUAAAAGUAAAAAUUCUCAUUACGAGGGGAAUGGUCUGGCCGGUCAGUUCUGACAAAUGGAAAGUGCCCUUAGUGUCUUACAAUAAUUUAAUACCUCCCAACUAAAGCGCGUUUUCCGUUUGGAAAGGAAUGUGUCACGUGCUGCUUGCUAUGUGCAAACCUUCGUAACUCCCAAACAAACCUUACUCGCUUUUGACCAGGUCACGUGUUUUGAAACUACGAAACUCUACGUGCCGUUCGCGCCAAACGAAUAAUUUUUUUUACACUUAUGACGGAAAAUACAAUAACAUGAUACGUUUUUUGCAUCAAAUGGAAACUCAGGAAAAAACCCGAGCCCCAGAUGGGUUUCGAACCCACGACCCUCCGUCAUUUUGUGCAGUGGGAUGCUCAAACCACUGAGCUACUAGCCUGCGAGCAAGCUCUCGUAUUUGGGCGAGAGAACGCGCGAGCGAGCGGCGAAGCCGCGAGGGGCCGAGGGCUUUCGCGUCUCCUCUCACGUGCCUCUCGGGCGUCUACUUUUCACGCUAUAUCCCAAAUGGACAGCUUGCUCGCAGGCUACUGAGCUGCCGGAGACUCGAUGGCAAAAAGAUAGUUAAUGAUUUGUUUUAUUUUUGAGAUGUAAGGAAAGACAAAAAAAGUCGUAAGCUCUGUCUCGCAAAAGAUUUUUAUGUUCUGACUCUGCGGAAUGUAAAAGACACACCAGGGACGUAACAAAUUUCUGACAUUGACCCCCUCUCCCCCCCUCCCCGCAUCCCUGUGAUCUUGGGUCUCCAAAAGUCCUUGAAUUUUCUUCGACUUUGAAUUUGUGGUCUGGAAAGAGUUUUUUUAUGCUUUUUGGUCGUCUAAGACAGAAUAUAAAUCAUAGCUCAGAGAAUUGAAAGGCUAUUUACACAGAGUGCUCUAUGUGUUAUGCAGUAAUUAAGCAUCAAUUUAAGACAAGUGAACUGAAAAAUGUAGAGAAGUUGGUGAAGCAAACGGUUCAAGCCUUAAAGUCUUAUUAGAGUAGACUGGGAAUGUGCUUUUUUGUAUUAUCUGUAAAAUUAUAUUCCUAGUAGGUGGUCCUUGAAACUCUAAUGUGGUCUUUGAAAAGUCCUUGAAAUAUGGUUGCAACUUUUUGUAUGAACCCUGGUAGGAAAAGAUCUUAAUACAGGGAUAAUCCCGCGGAUUCUCCUUUGAGGUGGUGAAACGGGACUUCCCCCCCCCGCCGCCUCCCCGUAAUCUUGGGUGGACAAUCCGUAGGAAAAGAUCUUAAUACAGGGAUAAUCUCCCGGAUUUUCCUUCAGGGUGAUGAAACGGCUGCCUGUAAACAGACAAUGGAUGCGAGUUUCUUUUUUAUGAGUUUCAGUUUGUUUCAUCUUCAGGUUCAAAAAGGAAUGGAGACGAUAAUUUAAAGAAAAUUGCCACAGAUGUUUUUCGAAACGGAGGAUGCGUAGCACCGCACACACUGAACGUCUAAAAAUAAUUUAUUUUCAUGUUUUCAAUUAUUGUACAUGAAACUGUAUAUAAUUAUUUAUAAUGUAAUGACUGUUUGUACAGGAUAUAUUUUGAAGUUUACAGACAGGGGCCUAUGGGCUUCUGGGAUAGUACAUUCUGUUGACGGCUUUUCCCCUGUAUUUCUUUUCUUGAAUAAUGUGAUACAAGGAAACCUUAACGUUUAUACCUUUGUUGCGAGUCUAAAAUUAACUUCUUUUCCUAGUUAAGUGAAAGGAAGGCUGAAGUGUACAGAGUCAGAAUAACCAUGAAAUAAAAUACGUCAGGCAUAUACAGUUGUAACAAGACGCAGUGGGAGCGUAUAUUUGGGCGUGGAUGUACUAGGCGUGCAAGAAGUUUUUUUUAUGUGUAUUAGGGAUGUGUGAGUAGUGCAGUAGCGUUGUAUAUUUUAGGGGUUGAUUGAGAUGCGUGAAGUGGAAGGCGUGGAGUUAUAUUGGACGUGAAUUGGUAAGAUAAUGGCUGUAGUUUGUUAAUCAGUGAAACUCGGUAUUUCUCGUAAAUUCACGUAGAAUUUAAUGUGAAGUAACAACAAAUAAUUAUUUGGGAGGUAAAAGUGAUCUUAGGUGUUGCAGUGAGGUAGUUGUUUAAGUGCUUAUUUGGUUUUGAAGGGAUAGUGUAGUUACAGUGCGUUGAAAUUAAGUGGUGGCUGUGAAAAGUCUUAUCAAUAGUCGAAAACAUACUUGUACUUAUUUUAAACGUUGUUAGACUUUCUGUUAGGAUUGUUUUUCGCUUAUUUUUGAUAAUAUUUGUUUGGAGAGAACAUGGAUAGCGCUAAAAGUUUAUUUUAUAUAGAAAAGG